GGUGGUGGUGGUGGUGUCAGAGCCGUCAGAGGCGGCAGCAGAAGCAGCGACGGCGGGCUUCAAUCAACUCGCGAAGAAUGAUACAACUGCGACUAAACCCUCUGUUAUACGCACGCCCACAUCCCGUGCGCCCCGAACCAUUAUAAAAACGGCGGAACACGCGACAUCGGCGCAUACUGUGCUCGCGAAAGUGUCGGACAACGGUCGGAAAAGAAAAAGGGAGUCAAGCCGGUAGAUUCGAGCCGAGACCGAAGACGACGACGACGACGACGAGGACGACGACGAGGACGACGACGAGGACGACGACGAGGACGACGACGACGACCGCGACGACGACGACGAGGACGACGACGAGAUGGCUAGCAAACACGGACUGCUGUUCCUCGGCCUCGUCUACCUGCAGGCCGCCCUCGUUCGCGCCGUGCCGGACUGGGUGCCUCCGGAGAUCAUCGACAUGGUGCAAGACGACAAGCAACGGUGCAUGGAAGAACACGGCACGUCGGAAGCGAUGAUCCAAGAAGUGGCCCAAGGGAAGAUAUCGUCGGAUAGGUCGAUCACGUGUUACAUGUACUGUCUACUGGAAGCAUUCAGUUUGGUCGACGACGAAGCCAACUUGGAGACGGACAUGCUGAUGGGAAUACUGCCGGAACACUUGCAGGACCUGGCGGAACAAAUUUUGGGCAAAUGCAACCCCGCGGCUGGCAGCGACAACUGCGAGAAGAUGUACAAUCUCGCGGUGUGCGUCCAGCAAGCUGUGCCGGAGAUGUGGUUCAUCGUCUAAAUCACGGGGAGCGUCGUUUCAACCGGACCAGCGAGAGGGAAGUCGAAUCGCUAAACGAGAAACCGAUCGAAAGGAUUAUACUACCCAUCGACGUCGACGGCAACGGAAUCGGAAUCGGAAUCGGAAUCGGAAUCGGAAUCGGAAUCGGAAUCGCGAUCGGAAUCUCGAUCGAAAUUAAAAUGAAAAUCGGCGCACGCGAUCGCAUUCGGCGAAGCAAACUCGAUUAUUUGUACGAAACAGCGUGUAUAGACACUGUAGUUCAUUUAGGAUAAAUAACUCAACCCACAAGCUGCCGUACUGUAAAUACGACUCUCGAAACACAAAAAUGUAUUAACGAGCGAACGAGAGAACGACCGCGAACGAACGAACGAACGAAAGAGAGAUCGACGACGAACAACCGACGAUCGAAAUUCGUUCGUUCGGCGACGUGGAUUUCGAGUUUCGCGUUCACGCUCCGUCCACCUUCGUUUCUACGAUUCGAUACUUUCGAUGCGACAACGGACGGAACGUGUCUCCGACGACGAAAUCGAGAUCCUCGCGCGACGUUCCUCGAUCGAAAAUUAAUCGAUUUUCCGAUUCUGCCGGCCGGAUCCUCCGUUCCUCCGGAGUUAAUUCGUUCUUUAGAAUCGGGAAAGAGAGAGAGAGAGAGAGAGAGAGAGAGAGAGGGG